AUGUUACUCUUUUUUGCAAAACUUGUCGUAUUUACCUUUUUCUUCUGGCUUUUAAAAUAUGGGAAAACGAGGUCAUAUAACAAAUCGGUCUAUAAGGGAAAAUCGAAAAUAAAUAAACCCGUUGUUAGAACAUUAGCAGAAUUUGAUAAGAUAUUUCAAAACUCAAAAAGUUCAAUUAAUUUUCUAGAACAUUUAGAUGAUUAUAAAAAUGAAGAUCAUACAAAGAAUACACACACCAAAGAUCAAGAUGAACAUUCUCAUGAAUUACCAAAUAAACACGAAGAUUCAUAUGACUAUAUGUACAUUCAUAAUUCUUUCAAUGACAAAAAUGUUAAUAAAAAAGAAGCUUUCGAUCAAUUUUUACAAACGUUAUUAAACAAUUAUGAAAAUACACAUAAAGAAGAUGAAAGUAAAGAAUCAAAUCAACAUACCAAUAAAGAUGGUCCCUCAUAUGAAGAUAAAAAAAAUAUGUACAAAGAAAUAUUAAAAGGAUAUUAUCAUGUAUUUUUUGAAAAUGAUCAAAACGACACAGAAUUAAAUGUACAUAAUAAUAAUGAGGGACACCAUAAACCUCAAAUGUUAGGUCAAGCAGUUCCAGAAAAAGAGGUACAGGGAAAAUCAGAAAAACCAUUAUUUGCUUCAUCUCCCGAAGUAGGUCAUGUAUUAAGAGAGGACUUAUGGAACCAAAAUGAUAAAGAAUUUAGUUACUUACUUGACCCUAAUGAAUAUGCAUCUUUAGAAGAUAAACUUUUAGGAUCUAUAUACAAUUACUUUGAAAAAAAUCAUAACAAUUUGGUUAAACAUUUGUUACAACAAAUUGCUACUUACAAAUAUAAAUAUAUGGAACUUAAAGAACAAUAUAUUAAUGAAGUUAUGAGACUUAAAAAAAUAUAUAACAAAAGCAUUAUGGCCAUAUUUAUAGCAUCGUGUGUUGCAGUAUUAGGACCUGUAUUAUUACAUAUGUAUGAAAAUACUCCAGAAGAAUUUUUUGCAACCAUAUUAAGUUUUUCUAUAUCAUUAGGUCUUCAUAAUUUGUUACUAAAAUAA